CCCGCCAUGUCCUCCUUCUCCGAGUCGGCGCUGGAGAAGAAGCUGUCGGAGCUCAGCAACUCGCAGCAGAGCGUGCAGACCCUGUCGCUGUGGCUCAUCCACCACCGCAAGCACGCGGGCCCCAUCGUCUCCGUGUGGCACCGCGAGCUGCGCAAAGCAAAAUCAAAUAGAAAGCUUACUUUUCUGUACUUAGCGAAUGAUGUCAUCCAAAACAGUAAAAGGAAAGGACCUGAAUUCACUAGAGAAUUUGAGUCAGUCCUUGUGGAUGCUUUUUCUCAUGUUGCCAGAGAGGCAGAUGAAGGCUGUAAAAAACCUUUAGAAAGAUUGCUGAACAUCUGGCAAGAAAGAAGUGUGUAUGGCGGCGAGUUCAUACAGCAGCUGAAGCUGUCUAUGGAGGACUCCAAGAGUCCGCCCCCCAAAGCAACAGAAGAAAAGAAAUCUCUGAAACGAACAUUUCAGCAGAUUCAAGAGGAAGAAGAUGAUGACUACCCUGGAAGUUACUCCCCCCAGGACCCUUCUGCAGGACCCCUCCUGACGGAGGAGCUGAUCAAAGCUUUGCAAGACCUGGAAAAUGCCGCAUCAGGGGAUGCCACUGUCCGACAGAAAAUUGCAUCUCUGCCUCAGGAAGUGCAGGACGUUUCUCUGUUGGAGAAAAUCACAGACAAAGAGGCAGCUGAACGUCUUUCAAAAACAGUUGACGAAGCGUGCCUGUUACUAGCAGAAUAUAAUGGGCGCCUGGCUGCAGAAUUGGAAGACCGGCGCCAGCUGGCUCGAAUGUUAGUGGAGUACACCCAGAACCAGAAGGAUGUUUUGUCAGAGAAGGAGAAAAAACUGGAAGAAUACAAACAGAAGCUGGCUCGGGUAACCCAAGUUCGCAAGGAGCUGAAGUCCCACAUUCAGAGUUUACCAGACCUCUCAUUGCUACCCAACGUCACAGGGGGCUUGGCCCCACUGCCUUCUGCUGGCGACCUCUUCUCCACUGACUAGUCAGGUGCCAGUCAUGCCCCAGAUUCCUGUCUGAACCAACGGAGAGAAGAGGAUAGGCCGUGGUUGGAAACUACUCACUGGCCCUAUCCCCCAGCCUCAAAGAAUCACAGACCGAUUCUCCUCUCCAGCCUCUCAUGUGAGCACAACUCAGAACAGUGGCGAGUAGAAUCUAAUCUAGAGUCAUAUUUGGAAAGAAUCUUGAGUGUCUCCCACUUCAUAAUUUCACACCCCUCUUGGUUUUCCAUUCUUUGCGCUCUCUUUAAACCCAAGAAGUUAUGAAAAUCAUGUGUACUCCUGGAAACUUCCAGAAGUUGUGUCUCUUGUGGCAGCUUUUCAUCUGCAAAGCAGCUUCUCCCUCCUGAACUGAGCUUGUUGAGGUUCAGUCCACUGAGGGGCCAAUUCUGGAGCCAUCAAAUUCCUCACUGACUGACUGACAUCCACCCAGGUCAGAGGUGCGACUGUCAAGCAGCUUUGCUGUCAAGAAUUUGCCAAAUUUCUCAUCCUCCCUUCCCAAUACUCAACGAUUUCUAGUCAGAUUAGGUUCCUUUGUUUUAGAAACAAACCAGAGAACUCAGCAAUAAGAUGCAAAAGGUGAUGAGAUAGGGAGAUGAGAUUGAUCACAAUUAUAUGCUCCAGGUUCCUUCACAUAACCAUCCUUGGAAGUAUUCCUUGAGGGUCCUUAGUGUUCUUAACUGGCUGUGAAGGUGGUAGUGGGCCCCUAAAGCUCAAGCAAGACUGGGCACUACAUGUGUGGUUUCUUGCUCCUUUGAGGGAGUAGGACACAUUAACGUCUGGCUCACAGUAUGAUGCACAGCCGCAUAAUGGUGACUCGGGACACUGUUUUUGUCCCAUAGCGCCUGCCACUGUGGGUCCAGGUGAGUAGUGAGUGGCGCAUUGGGAAGGGGUAGGAGUCUGCAUUUAGGGUUUUUAAUUCCAUUAUCAUGUCAGCUGACAUUCUAACUAUAAUAUGGUGAGUUUUUUUUUUUUUUUAACCUUGUAUUAAGUAAAGGCUCUGCCUGCUCAUGGAUGAAAGAGCAUUCUGAUUUAGCGGGCACAUUUUUGACAAUGGAAAGGGCAAAAAACAAUCUGCCUCAGUGGUAUAAUAGGAAUGAUAAUCCAGAGGCUGAGAUUCAAAGCAUACAAAAAGGAAUAUAGUGGAAGGGGCUUUUUUGUUGUUAUUGUUUUGGUGUUUUUUUUUUUUAAGUUGGAAUUUUCAAGAUUACCAAAAAGCUAAGUACAUGUACUUUACAUGUUAAAA